UUUCCUAUAUCUUUCCCUUUCCAGACAUCCAAUGUGCGUGCGGCCAGUGUCAGCCCCCUGCGUCGCUUACGACGGACACGCCGUUUUUCUGAGGUAGCCAUUAAGAAUGAAACACUGCCACAGGUCACCACCACAAAUGCAGUGACGAAGAUAGAAAAUAUGGAUAUUACUGCUGAAGCAAAGGCACAACUUCCGGCAAAGGCGGAAACGCCAACAAACCCAGCUCCUGUAGAAAUAAACGAUGUUGAACUGCCAGUGACGACUACAGUGGCGGCUGGCGCGCUUGAAGUGGCCGCAGCUGCAGCGGCUGCUGCAGCACAAGCGCAACUACAGCAGCAGCCAGGUAAACGUGGGCGUGGCCGCGGUAGAAAAAUCACUGUUACGAUGGAGGGAUUUGAGCAAAGUGUGGAUGUUGCGAUGAAGGAGGAAGGAAAGCAACAGUUAUUGGCAGCACAAAUGCCCUUGGAUACACCAACAGCAGCGACAAAAACCACGACGAUGCCGGCGCAAGAGCGUAAAAUUGUAGGACGCAAGCGCAAGCAGUUUGAGGACAACAGCAGCAAUGUCGCUACAGAAAUUGCGCCAGCUAUUAAAAUUGAGCCGGAUGCUAGCGAGAGCAACGCCGGCAAGGACGAGGCUCUCAGUCCCACUGUCAGCGCGGCAGUAGCUGGUAAUGGAAGUGGCGAUAGUGGUAAGCGUAUGCGACGUAGCGUCCGGCUGGGCAAUCGUGCGGAUGUGGGUGUGACGUCCGCUAGCAUCGGCAAGCAGCUGGAGGGUCCAACACUCGAAGAAAUCAAAAUUGAACCAGUAGCAGCCAGCACCAACCCAAAACCCUCGCUGUUACUUACUGAUCCGCUCAGCUUAACUGAAGCGCCGCCCGAAUACAGAAAGGGCCCUAUUGCCGUGGUGGAAGAGCGCACGCCGCCAAAGAAGAGGGGACGCAAAUCGAAACUGCAUCACUUACAGCAACAACAGGAUAAAUCACAGUCUUAUGCAAACAGCGAGAGCAGCGAUCAGACACCGCCAGGCUCGGCAACAAAGCGCGGUGUUCACAGCAACAACGAUAUGGUCAUUCAGCGCUCGCAGCGACGCAUUAAACCAACCACGAAAAUACUUGAAAACAGUCAGCCGUAUGAAUUCGAAACGAAUAAUAUUGUGCGCUUGACGCAGACGCAAAAUUGGGAAGAUUGCGGUGGGGGCACGCAAAACACAGGUGCAGGCGAACCGGCAACUGCCGGCGGUAGCCACGCGGAAACGGAGAAACCUAUCAGGCAGCCGAAAUCUGAGAAGGCGGAGCGUGCAGAUAUCAAUGAAGAAAAGGCAGUCGCUCCCAGCACGAGUUCCACUAAGAAAAAAUUAUGCCCCAAGUUGCUGCGCGACAUUGAAGCAUCACGGGUUGCGCUGCUGGCUAAGGAACAAGCGCAGCUGGCGCGUCCUCGCUGCCCGGACGUAGAGAAAUUUCUCAGCGAAAUCAAGGUUGCGAAGUGGCAUACGAAUCGCUCGACGGAGGAGCGCAAACUAACAAAGAAGCAGCUGCGCAAGUUGGCCAAGCAGAAGGAAAAUAAUUUGCGUAAGCUUGGACUGCGUCGCAACACCACUGAUGAGGCGAGCGAUGUAGAAAGCUUGAGCGACAAUGAAGAAUUUGUACCGACCACGCGCGUGCAGGUGGAACGCCGCAGUCACACAUUGCGGCAGCGCGCGACACGUGAGCGUACUCCUACGCCAACAGCGGCGACGACAGCAGCACCACAAGUAACCCAGCCGGCGCUGAUGCGCGCAGUAACCACCUCGCCGACGACGAGCACAAAAGUGGGGCGCAAACCACAGGCGCGACAACGAGCAGGCACCGCCGACAAGCAGUCAGCCGCAGCGCAGAAACGUUCAGUGAACACGGGUGCGGGCGCUGGCGUGAGUAAGCCACAACUUUCUCAGGUGGCCUCAAUGGAGGUAAUCGAAAUCAAUGAGUCCUCACAGGAGGUGCAGUCGUUGCAAUCACCCAAGAGUAUUUCGACCGGGGUUGGACUGGCCGCUACUGCAAGCGCGUUAAAUGCCAUUGGCACUGUGAUCACCAUGUCAAUGCCGUCGCCGCCAACCGCUAGGCAGGCAAAGAAGCCGCAGCGCGGUUUGAUCUGCUACUGCGAGCAGAAGACACAAUUCUACACUCGCAAUACACCCGAUACGGCCUACUGUUGGGCCAUUGACAAUAUCGAGGAGCAGAAAGUGGGCUGUAGCAAUCAGUUGAACGGCGAGGUUUUCAAUUUGCUGCGUCCCAGUCAGCGCGUCAGCUACAUGGUGCUUUGCGAAGAUCACAAGAAGCGGCUGCGAACGCAUAAUUGCUGCGCUAGCUGCGGCAUAUUUUGUACUCAGGGUAAAUUUGUGCUUUGCAAGCGUCAACAUUUUUUCCACACCGAAUGCGCUGAGAAAUUCAUACUCAGCAGUCCCAUCGAUCCGCAACAGCCAGCCAGUAACUACACUAGUCCUACAUUGGUGCUGAAGUGUCCGCACUGUGGCAUCGAUACGCCAGAACGUACCUCCAUCGUCACGAUGAAAUGCCAAACAUUGCCUGUAUUCUUGCCUAGUCAAAGAGCGCCAAAAAUCAAACCUGCAAAACUUUCGUUGCCUGCUUUGAGUGGCGCUCCACAACCCAACGGUCACUCCAGCGCCGCGUUGGGUGUAGUUGCGAAUAGUGCUACAUCCGCCAGCAGUGGCAUCAUUGCCGCUUCGUCGCUUGCUGUUGCCACCAACUCAGUGCCUAAACGAACGAAAUCACUCCAAAUAAAUUUCGAACAGCUGAUACCCGAAUCUGUAAUGAAUGUAGUGUUGCGUGGUCGAGCGUCGAGCACCAGAGAUGGACGCCGUGGCGCGAGUAGUACACGCAGUUCCAUUUCGGAAUUCUCCACGCGUGACAUGUACUACGCGGUGAAGAAUGAUGAUCUCGAACGAGUCGCGGAAAUACUCGCCUCCGAUUUCGAUGUUAAAACGCGUAUGCGCGAAUUCCUAAAUGGAACUUGCUUGCAUUUGGUUGCGUUGUCUGGCACUUUGCCCAUGGCUUUUCUGCUACUUUGCAAGGGCUAUGCGAAAGAAUUUGUGAAUAUGUUGGAUCGUGAGCUGCGUACAGCAUCGAUGUGUGCCGUUUUGGGUGACAAGUGCGAAAUACUGAAUUUGUUCAUACAAUGCGGCGCUGAUUUGGCGAUAAAGGGUUUGGAUGGCAAAACUUGUUUGCACAUUGCCGCCAAAUUGGGAAACUUGGAAGCGGCUCAAAUAAUUGUCGAUAGCUAUAGAUCAUGUCGUAGUAUCUUAAGCUUCAUGGAUUUCAUUAAUGCCCAGGAUGAUGGUGGCUGGACUGCUUUGGUAUGGGCCGCGGAAUUGGGGCAUACGGAAAUUGUGAGUCUCCUCCUAAACCACGGUGCUGAUCCGAAUAUUUGCGAUAAUGACAAUAAUACCGUUCUACAUUGGGCCACAUUACACAACAAUGGCUUGGAUACGAUCACAAUGUUGCUGCAGGCCGGCACCGACUGUAAUGUGCAAAAUGUGGAGGGUGAUACGCCACUACACAUCGCCUGUCGUCAUUCCAUCACCCGUCUGUGCAUUGCACUCAUCGCAAAUGGUGCCGAUUUGAUGGUUAAAAACAAGGCGGACGAGCUGCCAUACGAUUGCAUACCGCACGAAGAUUCGGAGUGUGCGCGUACUGUUGGUUUCAAUAUGCAAAUGCGUUCAUUCCGCCCACUGGGGCUACGCAGUCGCAUAGUUUGUGAUGACAUAUCGAAUGGGCGAGAGGCGCGACCCAUACAGGUUGUGCGCAAUGAGCAGACAUUUUCUCGAAAUGUAGCUGGCGGCGAGCAAAAUGGUGGUAGUGAGGCGACAUCAGCCUCUGUUGCAAUUGUGAGCCAUGACGAAUCAGAUGAGAUUAUGUUGCCCGAUUUGAAAUAUAUUAAAAAGUCAAUAAUAUUGCAAAAUUGCACGCCAAUCGAUUAUCGAGUGGCGCAAAUGCGCAUUUGCUCGUGCUUGGAUGGCUGCAUUUCCUCACAAUGCCAAUGCACAGAAGCAUCCGGCCAAAAUUGGUAUACUACUGAAGGUCGCUUGUGCGCUGAUUUUAAUUUCGAAGACCCAGUGCCAAUAUUCGAGUGUAAUGACGUUUGCGGUUGUAAUAAGCUGUCAUGUCGAAAUCGCAUUGUACAAAAUGGCAUACGUAUACCACUACAAGUGUUCGAAUGCAGCGAUCCCACCAAGGGUUGGGGUGUACGCACGCUGGUGCAUAUACCAAAAGGCACCUUCGUCUCAGAAUAUAUCGGCGAAAUACUUAGUAACACAGAAGCCGAUCGACGCACCGACGAUAGCUACUGCUUUGAUUUGGAAAAUGGUCAUUGUAUCGACGCAAAUUACUUUGGCAACGUAAGUCGCUUCUAUAAUCACUCAUGCGAGCCGAAUAUAGUUUCGGUGCGCGUAUUUUUCGAGCAUCAGGAUUAUCGCUUUCCGAAAAUAGCAUUUUUCGCCUGUCGCGAUAUUGAGGCGGGCGAGGAGUUGUGUUUCGAUUAUGGCGACACAUUUUGGCUGUUCAAAAAUCGUCAUCUCUCCUGCAAGUGUUUAGCGGCUGCUUGUCGUUAUGCGGCUGCUACCCCUAGUGGUGAGGGUGUUGAUGUUGAGAGCACAAAUGCCACGUUGUUGCCCACGGUUUCACUCAGCGUGCUGCAGCAAGCAAACGAGGUGACCGUCGUAAGUGUUCAGACAGCGACAGGCAAUAGCAAUUUAAGAAAUGGUCAUGCUGCCUAAAGGGUUUAGGUUUUUUUUUUUUAGUUUAGCUUUAGUUGUUUGCUUUUUUGCAAAAGUAACGUAUGAGGUUUGAGUUGCUGUGUGUAAGUUGAUCUGUAAAAUAAUUUUUAACAUUUAGUUUCUAAUACUAUAUAUAAAUAUAUUACUUAUAUUAUUAUGUCCUCAGAGUUUUUAUGUGCUUUUGUAUAAAAAAUAUAGCGUAAAAUGAAAAUAGCAUUUUUAUAGGUUUGUUUUUUUGUUCUUGUUAUAAAUAUAUAUAGUAGCUCACGCUUGUAAUAUAUAACGUUGCCUGCACUAUUUACUGCCAAUUUAUUCUUUUCUUUACUAACUUUGUUUUGUUUGCGUUUGCUAAUAUUUAUCUAUAACUUAAUUUCAUUACUCAUAUCUACGAAGUAGUCAUAGAAAUGACUUUGUAAAGGCUAUCUUACAUAUACUACAUACUUAUAUGUACAUAUACAUAAAUACGUAUGUAACAAUUAUA